AUGGCUGCGCGUCAGAGGAACGCAGUGCGGAUCCUGUCGAACCGAGAGCGUGGUGCGCAGACCCGAGGAUCACAGCGACUGCUGCAGCUGCUGGUGGAGGAGAAGGUCCGCUGGAUGAAAUGGCAGAGUCAGAAAGUGGAGCUGCCGGACAGCCCUCGCUCGACCUUCUUGUUGGCCUUCAGCCCUGACAGGACACUCAUGGCCUCCACUCACGUGAACCACAACAUCUACAUCACAGAGGUGAAGACGGGGAAGUGUCUGCACUCUCUGGUGGGACACCGCAGGACACCCUGGUGUGUGACUUUUCACCCCACAAUCCCAGGGCUCGUGGCCUCAGGCUGCCUUGAUGGGGAGGUGCGCAUCUGGGACCUACAUGGCGGCAGUGAGAGCUGGUUCACAGAGAGUAACAAUGCCAUUGCGUCUCUGGCUUUUCACCCCACGGCGCAGCUGCUGCUCAUCGCCACCAACAACGAGUUGCACUUCUGGGACUGGAGCCGCCCCGAGCCUUUUGCAGCAGUGAAGACUGGCAGUGAGACAGAGCGUGUGCGGCUGGUGCGGUUUGAUCCUCUGGGACACAACCUGCUCACUGCUAUCGUGAAUCCGUCCAAUCAGCCGAGCGAGGACGACUCGGAGGUGCCCAUGGACAGUGUGGAGAUGCCUCACUUCCGACAACGCUCGUUUUUGCCCUCGCAGCCUGUGCGCCGCACGCCAAUCCUCCAUAACUUCCUUCACAUCCUGUCGUCUCGCUCUCCGGCUCAGGGCUCGGAGCAGCGCCCUCUGGAGGGUUCCCCAUCUGAAGCGCCUCUGCCUCAGUUCUCCUCAGAGCGCAGUGCGUACCCUGGCUGUACACAGCACUUGGGGCUGGUUUGUCUGUGCAGUCGCUGCUCCGCGGUGCGACCUCCUCCGCUGGCCCCGGACACGGGACCGCCACCUGACGCUCCCUCUUCAUUUUCGUCCGCGCGCACUGAGCCACGGCCCGACAGGCCGUCCGCCUUCACCAGUGUUUACUACAACGGAGCCCCUCCUCCACGUACCUCUUCCUCUGUCAGUUUGCUGUCAGCCCUGCGGCAGGACGGACGCUCAUACUACACUUCCGCUAACGAGGGCCGAGAGCGCGACACCGGCACCAGCUCCGGGCACCACCCAUUCUGGGAGGGCUCCCGGAGCUCUGCCUCCUUCAGGAACGUGCUGCAGUGUAAUUUGAGCCGUUACUUCAUGGAGUUUGACCGCAUGUCUGAGCUCGAGCCUCCGAACCAGGAACUGCUCAACAACAACCUGGAGCCCGAGCGCCCAGGGCCCUCUGCCCCCACCAUAAUCCACUACCCGCCCCCUGCCCCCCCAGUGCCUCCCCCUCUCCCCCCUACACCCCCCUCUGAGGGCCACUCGGGCCCCGGAGCCCGCGGACACCUGAACCGCUGCCGAGCCUGUCACAACCUGCUCACCUUCAACCACGACUCCCAGCGCUGGGAAAGGACCGCCCCCACUGCCUCUACCUCUGCAAUGCCCCUGGACACGCCCACAUCGUCAUGGGGACCUGAGGAGGAGCCCGAGCGACGGCCGGAGCCUGAGCAGCCCCCCGUCCCCCCACAGGAGCAGACUGUGGGUCUGGUCUACAACCAGGACACUGCGCAGUGGGAGCGCGUCUACCGCCAAACCAGAGAACAGGAACAAGAGGCCUUAAGCCAAGAGGUGCCUGUGGACCCCCCCGACGAGGACUCUCUUCGAAGGCGUCUUCUCGAGUCUUCGCUUUUGUCUUUGUCUCGUUACGACAUGACAGGGUCCAGGGACCACCCCAUCUACCCCGACCCCGCCAGACUGUCGCCCGCUGCUUAUUACGCCCAGAGGAUGAUCCAGUACUUGUCUCGGCGCGACAGCAUCCGUCAGCGCUCGCUCCGGUACCAGCAGAACCGGCUCCGGGCAAUGUCCUCAUCCUCUGACAUCCCCCAGAACGGCUCCUCCGGCUCCAUGGACAACAGUGACGUGGACUUUGAGGAGCUGGAGGACAACGGAGAGCGAACGAGACACAGGACAACUCGGAACGCCCGGAUGUCUGCGCCUUCACUUGGACGGUUUGUUCCACGCCGUUUCCUCCUUCCGGAAUACCUGCCAUACGCUGGGAUCUUCCACGAGAGAGGCCAGCCGGGUUUGGCCACACACUCCUCCGUCAACAGGGUCCUGGCAGGUGCUUCUAUUGGAGACGGACAGUCGGCUGUUGCCAGUAACAUCGCCAACACCACCUACAGGCUGCAGUGGUGGGACUUCACCAAGUUUGACCUUCCAGAAAUCAGCAACGCCUCUGUGAAUGUCCUGGUGCCAAACUGUAAGAUCUACAACGACGCGAGCUGUGACAUCAGCGCGGAUGGACAGCUGCUUGCCGUCUUCAUCCCCAGCAGUCAGCGUGGCUUUCCCGACGAAGGGAUCCUGGCAGUUUACUCCCUCGCCCCUCACAACCUCGGAGAGAUGCUCUACACCAAGAGAUUUGGUCCGAAUGCAAUCUCUGUGUCGCUGUCUCCGAUGGGCUGUUAUGUGAUGGUGGGUUUGGCUUCACGCAGGAUCCUGCUGCCCCCCACUACCGACCACAUGGUGGCUCAAGUGUUCCGCCUGCAGCAGCCACACGGAGGAGAGACGUCCAUCAGGAUGGUGUUUAACGUGGUCUACCCCAUGGCUCCAGACCAGCGGCGUCACGUCAGUAUAAACUCUGCUCGCUGGCUUCCGGACCCGGGUAUGGGUCUGGCCUACGGGACAAACAAGGGAGACCUGGUCAUCUGCCGCCCUGUGUUUUAUCGCAGUGAUGGGGAGAGUCCAGCCGAGUCCAGCUCUGAGCCCCUUUUCAGCAUGAACAACAGUGGGAGUAGUCGCAGCCGAGGCUCCGAAAGACCAGGGCCGACACGCUCUGGCUGGAGACUGGACCGGGACAUGGGUCUGAUGAACGCCAUUGGUCUACAGCCACGAAAUCCCACCCCCUCGGUGACAUCUCAGGGCACGCAGACGCCAAUCAUCCAGCUCCAGAAUGCAGAGACGCAGACUGAGAGGGAGGCGGAGCCCAGCACCUCCCACGCAGCCAUCAAUGUAUCCACAGAAACCCCGUCCACCAGUGCUACUGCUGCUCCUCAGUUGUCUUCACUGGACCCUGGCCGUGAGGUGUCCGAGGGGAGCACCGCUACAACCGGAUCAGGAGAGUUGUCAGACCUGGUUUCGGGGGAGGACGCUCUAGCACGCAUCCGUCGUCUCAUCGCGGAAGGCGGGAUGACGGCGGUUGUGCAGCGUGAGCAGAGCACUACCAUGGCCUCGAUGGGCGGCUUCGGCAACAACAUCAUUGUGAGCCAUCGCAUCCACCGUGGCUCCCAGACUGCUACGGGACAGGCCCCUUCCUCCACCGGCCCAGUGCUCUCUUCUGCACAGGGAACUUCGCAUUCGACUUCACCCUCAGCGCUCUCGUCUCCUCAAAUUUCUCAGUUUCAAGCAGGGCCUAGCCAUUCUAACAAUUCGCCUGCGCAUCACCAAGCAAGCUCCUCGCAUUGUCAAGCUGGUCCCUCUCAUUCUACAGCAGGCGCAUCACAUUUUUCCCCUUCCCAAUCCACGCCAGGCUCCUCCCACUCUCAGAUUUCCCCCACGCAUCGCCAAGUAGGCUUCACCCACUCUUACACGUCACCUGCAUCCCCUGCCCGCCACCAUGUCACAUCUGCGCAUUGCCAAGCGGGGCCCUCUCAUGCCUCCACGUCCAACCACAGCUUCCCCGCUCCCUCCUACCACCAUGCCCCUCCUUCAUCCACGCAAAGCCGCUUUAGCGCGCGCCACACCCCCUCCACCUCUGGAAGCCCUUCCCCUUCCUGCUCCAACUCUGCCCCAUCGGCUUCCAUGGCAGUGUCCACGGUUUACUCAACGUCGUCUUCGUCUUCAGCGUUGCCGUUUGCCUACACGCAGCCGGAGUCGGCACGCACCACCGGAGAUGCGUUUGAGAGGGCCGCAGCAUCUUCAUCAAACUCCUCACCCUCCCCCCAAAGUCCUAACAUUGGUCCGAACUCGUAUCAAGGAGAUCCGUACAGUAGGUAG